ACGACAAAGAGCGCUGGUGUGCGAGGGUUCAAGGCUCAAACUGGACUAGGAAAUACUGGACUACACUGCUCACCAGGUUCAGACUUCUGUGCGUAAAAGCGCACCUGGAUCUCACGCUCCAGUUUUUUCAGGUAAACAGCCGAGGACAUUUAACGACGUUUUUUUUAUUUUUAUUUUUUUUAUCACGGAAGAAAUCCUAGAAUUGGGAGAAAUUCAAUAUGAACUCCUUGAAUUUCCGCGGGCCGUCCAGCGGUGGUGUGUAUCCCCUCCACGGUGUUAACUCCAUGCUGUUCGACCUGCACCACCAGAUGGCGGAGCAGUACCACGUCUACUCUGCAGCCGGCCCUGCAGCGCACACUCUCUCUGUGGCUGAGAGACUGGCAGAGCUUAUCCUGGAGGCUCGGUAUGGCAACCAGCAGAAGCAGCGCCGCAGCCGAACGGCCUUCACCGUGUCACAGCUGCAGGCUCUGGAGAAAGCCUUCCAGCAGACUCAGUACCCAGAUGUUGGCAUGAGAGAGAGGCUAGCUGUCUGCAUCAACCUGCCUGAGGCUCGCAUCCAGGUGUGGUUCAAGAACAGGAGGGCAAAGUUUCGUAAAGGUCAGAGAUGCUCCCCACUCUCAAGAGACCACAGUCUGGAGGAGGCACCACAUCACAGCACCAUGGGACAGGAGGAAGUCAGGGCCAAAGACAAACAGGACAUCACCACAUCACAUGUUGACAGAAACAUCCCUCCUCUUCAUUGCUGUCCUCCUCCUCCUCCUCCUCCUCCUCAUCCUCCUCAUGUGGAUGAAACAAAGGAUGUUUGCCCACCUCUCGCUCCUUCAGACUCUGAUGUUUCACGGUGCCCCCUCCGCCUUCACUCUCCUCCACUUUUCCCCUUCAUGGCGGGGGAGCGCUACAGCCACCAGCCUCACCAGCCGGCUGUAGGAGUGCUGUCCACUGAGUUCGCCUUUCCCCCGGUUUUCUGGCCCAUCAUACAGCAGCAUAGCUCCACCCUGGGGGUUCAUCCAUCGUCAGUUACUAAAAACUGUAGGCUCUCCCUUUAGACUGCUUGUUCACGAAAGCUGUGCCUCACCCUCACCCGGGGCUGUAACUGUAGCCCUGUACACCUACAGUCCGAGAUCUCUGCUCCUUGUGGACUCAGGUACACCUGAAACAACCCUGUGUUGGAAAAAAAAACAAGGUGGAGAAGCACUUAUUGCCUUGUUCCUGUAAACCUGAUGACAGACAUAAUAUGACUUUUUAUUAUAGCUUUAUUGAAUGCCUGUCUGUCUAAAGGGAUGUAAAGAUGAACUGUCAUAUACUUUCAAGUCUAAUUUGGGUCUGCUCUCAUUAACAUCCUACAGGUUGCCAGUGGAGCGAGUUUGCUUGAAGGAGGCUGUUGUUUAAUCCAUCACAAGCAGUGUAAACACCACAUUUAAAGAUAUUGUUGUCUCCUUCAACAAUUUAGCUGGCAACACUGCCAAGGAGCUACACAGUAAUAAUGAUGGUAAACACAUGUGAGUGAAGUCCCUUAUUGUAACUAGGCACAGCAACAUAGAAAUGGAAAAUAAAAUGAUUUGUAUCUGAA